AUGCCCAGUACGCUAGUUCCCUGUCGAUCAGCAACAGUUGCUGCUGAUCCGAUGACUCCCGACAGACCUAUAUCUAGAGCCCAAGCUGCCUUUUUUGAUCUCAAGCUCGAAGCUGUCAACAUGUUUGCCAUUAUUGUUUUAUAUCCUGUGGCUGUUAUAGCGGCUCCUUUUCAUUUGUUCUAUCUUCAGAGUGUAGAAUGGAAAGACCGUCGACAGAACAAGAAACUGCUAAGGUCGCUACCCAUCACCGUAUACAACUCACAUCCAGACCCGGUAAAUAACUCAUUAAACCUAUCUUGGGGAUGUUCUGAGAAUUGCAAUAUUUGUUUGGACGACUAUGUCGACGGCAAAUCUAAACUCAUGACCCUGCCAUGUGGCCAUCAAUUCCAUUCCACUUGUGCUGUCAGAUGGAUUGCCCAGCAAAUGAUUGCCGAGAAGAAGAACCCCGCAAUCACCUGUCCCGUCUGCAAAUGCGAUAUCCGAUAG